UCCAGAUUUGUCAGUGGUUUGUUGAUAAUCGAAUCUAGCCAAGACAAUUCAGUGAGCGAUAUUAUGAGCAAUGAUUCACGCAGUCGGAGUAUGUGGACACCCUAUCAGCAACAUCACCCAAUCUAUUGAGUCACUUUUUAUGACCAGCACAAGUUGCUGGGGACUCAACACAGGAUCGCCAAGCAGGAUGGAAUUAAGGAUCUACAGAGCAAAGUAAUACAUCUCAACCCGUUCUAAAUUAAGAUGUAUUUGGUUAUUUGACCACACAUCAAAACAUUUUGAUUCAGACUGAAAUCUUGUCAUGCUUGUAUGAAAAAAUCCCUCGGUGAAAUAUUUGCAACUGUGUGUAUUGUCUAGCAGGAAACACCCUCCAACAACUGUCUAGACACAUGGCUGUAAAUGUGUUUUACUGCAACACUGUCUGAUGAUGUGGCGGAAAGGGGUGAUGGUGCAGAACAUGGUUGCUGCCUCAAAGAUCACUGCAGCAAGUUAUACUUAGGCUGUAGAAAGAAGGUUGUAGAUAGGAGGUGGUGCCACAGUAUGUCGUACUAUGAUGGUACAAGGGAAGCUGCACUACAGAAGGUUGUACAAAGGCUACAUAUAGAAUAACUUCCUGACAACUGAUCACUGUCCAAACACAAUGCAAUGAGCGUCCACUGUGUCUCAACAAACAAUGCAGCCUGCAUCAUAGAAGGAUGUACAACGGAGGUUGCACCACAGAAGGAUAUACAAUAGGACGUUGCACCACAGAAGGAUGUACAAAAGGAGGUUGCACCACAGAAGGAUGUACAAAAGGAGGUUGCACCACAGAAGGAUAUGCAAAAGGAGGUUGUACAAAGAAGGUUGCACUACAGAAGUUGAGAAAAUUAAUUAAACUCCUGAACAUCCCAAAAAUAUGCCGACCUCAAACCAGAAGGAUGUACAAAAGGACGUUGCACCCCAGAAGGAUGUACAAAAGGAGGUUGCACCACAGAAGGAUGUACAAAAGGAGGUUGCACCACAGAAGGAUGUACAAAAGGAGGUUGCACCACAGAAGGAUGUACAAAAGGAGGUUGCACCACAGAAGGAUGUACAAAAGGAGGUUGCACCACGGGAUGUACAAAAGGAGGUUGCACCACAGAAGGAUGUACAAAAGGAGGUUGCACCACAGAAGGAUGUACAAAAGGAGGUUGCACCACAGAAGGAUGUACAAAAGGAGGUUGCACCACAGAAGGAUGUACAAAAGGAGGUUGCACCACAGAAGGAUGUACAAAAGGAGGUUGCACCACGGGAUGUACACAAGAAGGUUGCAUCAUAGAAGGAUGUACAAAAGGAGAUUUCACCACAGUAGGAUGUACAAAAGGAGGUUGCACCACGGGAUGUACACAAGAAGGUUGCAUCAUAGAAGGAUGUACAAAAGGAGGUUGCACCACAGAAGGAUGUACAAAAGGAGGUUGCACCACAGAAGGAUGUACAAAAGGAGGUUGCACCACGGGAUGUACACAAGGAGGUUGCACCACAGAAGGAUGUACAAAAGGAGGUUGCACCACAGAAGGAUGUUCAAAAGGAGGUUGCACCACGGGAUGUACAAAAGGAGGUUGCACCACAGAAGGAUGUACAAAAGGAGGUUGCACCACAGAAGGAUGUACAAAAGGAGGUUGCACCACAGUAGGAUGUACAAAAGGAGGUUGCACCACAGAAGGAUGUACAAAAGGAGGUUGCACCACAGAAGGAUGUACAAAAGGAGGUUGCACCACAGAAGGAUGUACAAAAGGAGGUUGACCCACAGGAUGUACAAAAGGAGGUUGCACCACGGGAUGUACACAAGGAGGUUGCAUUAUAGAAGGAUGUACAAAAGGAGGUUGCAUCAUAGAAGGAUGUACAAAAGGAGGUUGCACCACAGUAGGAUGAACAAAAGGACGUUGCACCACGGGAUGUACACAAGGAGGUUGCAUCAUAGAAGGAUGUACAAAAGGAGGUUGCAUCAUAGAAGGAUGUACAAAAGGAGGUUGCACCACAGUAGGAUGUACAAAAGGAGGUUGCACCACGGGAUGUACACAAGGAGGUUGCAUCAUAGAAGGAUGUACAAAAGGAGGUUGCAUCAUAGAAGGAUGUACAAAAGGAGGUUGCACCACAGAAGGAUGUACAAAAGGAGGUUGACCCACAGGAGGAUGUACAAAAGGAGGUUGACCCACUGAAGGAUGUACAAAAGGAGGUUGCACCACAGGAUGUAC